AUGGGUUUGAAUUGCGACGGUGAAUUCGUAAUUGUGGAGACAGAUCCGACGAGACGUUAUGUCAGGUACGAUGAAAUCAUCGGAGAAGGCGCAUUUAAAACAGUUUACAGGGGUUUCGAUGAAUUUAACGGUUUAGAGAUUGCUUGGAGUAUAAUCCAGUUACCUGAUAAUUUGUUCAAAUCGCAGAACUAUCUCGAGAGUUUAUGUGCAGAAUCAGUUUUGUUGAAAUCAUUAAAACAUAUUAAUAUUAUGAGAUGUUACCAUUCAUGGGUUGAUUACCAGAAGAAGACGGUUAAUAUGAUUACUGAACUUUUCUCAUCAGGAAAUAUGAGUGAGUAUCGUACGAAACAUAAUCAUGUUGAUAGUAAGGCCAUCAAGAAUUGGUCUCGACAGAUUUUAAGUGGGUUGUCUUAUCUUCAUUGCCACGAACCACCAAUUAUUCAUAGAGAUCUUAAGUGUGAUAACAUCUUCAUUAAUGGCAACUCUGGCAAGGUCAAAAUCGGAGACCUUGGGCUUUCAACGAUUGUUCGACAAGGUAGUGCAAUGCCGCGUGGUGCUGGUACACCUCAAUUCAUGGCGCCAGAGCUUUUUGAGGAAGAAUAUGAUGAGAGAGUGGAUGUGUAUUCCUUUGGAAUGUGUUUGCUUCAGAUGGUCACUAGGGAAUUACCUUACAGUGAAUGUACUAACUCCGCUCAGAUUUAUAAGAAGGUUAUCUCAACCCUUAACAAAGUGACUGAUUUACAGGUGAAGGAGUUUAUUGACAAGUGUUUGGCUCCUGUAUCUGAAAGACCUUCUGCUAUCGAGCUUUUGAAUGACUCGUUUCUUGCACCGAGUGAAUCUGUAUUGUCGCCUUUGGAUUCGAGUUUGAGAUCAGAAUGUAGUGUUGGUGCUGCGGACUCAGUGAAGUCAUUAGAUACAAAAUUCAUGUUACAAGGAAAGCUGAUGAAGGAUUCGAUAUUAAUGGUUCUAUCGUUUGUUGAAGAUGCGCAGCAUCUGAAAACUGUAAAGUUUUCGUAUUCUCUUGAAACCGAUACAGUUUAUACUGUUAUGGAAGAGAUGGUGAAGAAGUUCGAGUUGUCAGAUAACGAUGCAGCAUUAGUUACCGAGCUUAUGAAUGGAUUGGUUGCAGAACUUGUACCUGCUUUUAGUGAUUGCAUUCCUUCAGAUGCAGCACUUUUGGAGAAUCAUGAUAUCUGUGAGGAGAAUAAAAAGUGUGCAAACUCUGAUUUAGUGUUUGAAGUCCCGAGUUGCAAUGGUGACCAUACGAGAAGCAGGUCUCCGGUUUCUGCUCAACGACAGAUGACGAGGAGAGGCCACAAAAAUAGUAAACAGGUAACAGCAAAGGCAUGUUGGAGAAGGUUGUGGAAGUUCUGUGCUUGUGGUGAUAGCUUUUAG